AUGAUUUCGGUAUUUGAAAAAGUUUCUGGUUUUACAACCAUUUUGGCCUCCUGUUUGUCUUUUCUUGUUUCUGCUUUCUGUUUCGCUUUGUUUUUCAUUUCUGUCUCGUUUGGUUUUUUCCAUUCUGUAUUGUUUUGCUUUUCCUUUCUGUCUUGUUUUGUUUCUAUUUUGUUUUGCUUUUCCUUUCUGUCUUGUUUUGUUUCUGCUUUCUGUCUCGUUUUGUUUCUGCUUUCUUUCUUGUUCUGCUUUCUGUCUCGUUUUGUUUUUCCUUUCUGUCUCGUUUUGUUUCUGCUUUCUGUGUCGUUUUGUUUCUGCUUUCUGUCUUGUUUUGUUUCUGCUUUCUUUCUUGUUCUGCUUUCUGUCUCGUUUUGUUUCUGCUUUCUUUCUUGUUCUGCUUUCUGUCUCGUUUUGUUUAUCCUUUCUGUCUCGUUUUGUUUCUGUUUUCUGUCUUGUUUUGUUUCUGCUUUCUUUCUUGUUCUGCUUUCUGUCUCGUGUUGUUUCUGCUUUCUUUCUUGUUCUGCUUUCUGUCUCGUUUUGUUUUUCCUUUCUGUCUCGUGUUGUUUCUGCUUUCUGUCUUGUUUUGUUUCUGUUUUCUUUCUUGUUCUGCUUUUCCUUUCUGCCUUGUUUUGUUUCUGCUUUCUGUCUUGUUUUGUUUCUGUUUUCUGUCUCGUUUUGUUUCUGCUUUCUGUCUCGUUUUGGUUUUUCUUUCUGUCUCGUUUUGUUUCUGCUUUCUGUCUCGUUUUGUUUUUUCUUUCUGUCUCGUUUUGUUUCUGUUUUCUAUUCACUUGUUUUUGUUUCUGGCUCGUUUUGUUUCGAUUUCUUUUCUAUCUCGUUUUGUUUUUCUCUUUCCGUCUCGUUUUCUUUCUGCUUUUUGUCUCGUUUUGUUUUUCUCGUCUUUCAUUUCGUCUGCUUCUUUGUUUCUUCGUUUGGCCUCUUAUUUUUGCCUCUCUUUUAUUUUUAUUUUUUUAUCUCAUUUCUUUCUACAGUUUGUAUUUCUUUUGCUCUAUAUUCCCCAAUUGUCUUGAGACCGUCUUUCCUGUAAUCCUUUCAGUUUUUCUCUUACAUUUAUUUUUUAAAUUUUCUUUCUUUUCUAUUGUUGCUUUUAUCUACAUUCUGUCCUUUUUUUUCGUUUUUGUGUUUUAUUUUUUUGUUUCUUCUUUCUCUCUCUUUGUUUUAUAUUUCUUUGUGUCUCUUUCGUUUUUUAUAUCAUUUUCGUGUCUUUUGUGUUUCAUUUUUGUUUCUUUUUUUUUCCCUCUCUGUUUUAUAUUUCUUUGUGACUCUUUCGAUUUUUUACAUCAUUUUCGUGUCUUUUGUGUUUCAUUUUUUGUUUAUUCUUUCUCCCUCUUUGUUUUAUAUUUCUUUGUGUCUCUUUCGUUUUUUAUAUCAUUUUCGUGUCUUUUGUGUUUCAUUUUUUGUUUCUUUUUUCUCCCUCUCUGUUUUAUAUUUCUUUGUGACUCUUUCGAUUUUUUACCUCAUUUUCGUGUCUUUUGUGUUUCAUUUUUUGUUUCUUUUUUUUCCCUCUCUGUUUUAUAUUUCUUUGUGACUCUUUCGUAUUUUUUAUAUCAUUUUUGCGUUUCAUUUUUUGUUUCUUCUUCUUGCAUCUCCGAUUUCUCUUUCUUUGUGUCUCUUUUGUUUCUUUAUAAAAUUUUCGUGUCUUUUUGCGUCUUAUUUUUUUAUUCUUCUUUUCGCCACACCAUUUUUCUUUCUUUUCCCGCUCUUCCGUUUUCCGUCUUUUUUGUGUUUCAUUUUUCUUUCUUCUGCCUCUCCGUUUCUUUGUAUCUCUUCCGUUUUUUACAUAAUUUCAGUCUCUUUUUAUGA